UUUUUUAAUUUCCUUUGAAGGAAAGUACAUUGAUGAAUUGGAAUUAAUUACGAUCAAACCGAAAGUAAUGCGUUUUACGAUUUACCUGCCAAUCGAUUCCUCUGUUUAUUUGAAUCGAAACAUCUUUUAAUUUUACAUUGUUGUUUGAUGAGAUUGUGUAGAUUUUUUUUUUUUUUUUAAUUUAUUGUGUGGAGGCAUUGUUGCAUGAUUUGUUGUUAUAUUAAUGCCGUUCGUUUUUUCGUAGGUUGUUACGUUAAUUGAUGAGCCGAAAAUGUGUAUGGUUCUGUUAUUUAGAAAUGCAUUUAAUUAACUCUUUUGUAUGAUUUGUAGGUAAUAUAUGCAUGUUCGUGAUUUUCCGAUCCUGUAAAUACUGAUUAAUAGUACUUAGAAAGUGAUCAAAAUUUGCGAACUGCAACCAUGAGUGACAAUAGAUCAGGACCUACUGAACGCCCGUUCAGGCCGAGUCUCGAGAAAAUCGAUAUAGAUAUAUCAGAGGAUGAGAGAAAAACGAGGCUUGGUUCUCUAAAGAAGGUGGCUAUCAGUGCCUCUACAAAAUUCAGACACUCGUUGACGAAAAAGGGGCGGCGUAACAGCAGAGUUAUGUCAGUUGUGUUUGACGAUGAGCACGAUGCCGAUGAAAUCCAGGCCGUUGAUGCUUUACGACAGGCACUCAUCUUGGAAGAAUUACUCCCAACAAAACACGAUGACUAUCAUAUGUUACUUAGGUUUCUGAAGGCAAGGAAAUUCGACAUUGAGAAAACAAAGCAAAUGUGGGCUGAUAUGAUUCACUGGAGGAAAGAAUUUGGAGCCGACAAUAUUAUGGAGGAAUUCGAUUUCAAGGAGAGAGAAGAGGUUCUUAAAUACUAUCCACAAGGGCAUCAUGGUGUUGACAAAGACGGACGACCUGUCUAUAUAGAGAGACUUGGUCAAGUUGACUCGACGAAGCUCAUGCAGGUCACCACAUUGGAUCGCUACCUUAAAUACCAUGUCCAAGAAUUCGAGAGGACUUUCAUCGACAAGUUUCCGGCAUGUUCCAUUGCAGCGAAAAAGCACAUUGACCAGAGCACCACCAUUUUGGAUGUCCAAGGAGUGGGACUGAAAAGUUUCAAUAAGGCUGCUAGAGAACUCGUUCAGCGCCUUCAGAAGAUUGAUGGCGAUAAUUACCCUGAGACGCUAUGCCGCAUGUACAUUAUCAAUGCAGGAUCUGGCUUUAGGCUCUUUGAUCGCGUUUUGGGUAAUAAAUACCAGAGCAAGCUACUCGAGGUCAUUGACGCAAGUGAGCUACCAGAGUUCUUGGGUGGUACAUGCACAUGUGCAGAUAAGGGUGGUUGUAUGUUUUCCGAUAAGGGCCCUUGGAACGACACUGAAAUUAUGAAGAUGGUCCGAAACGGAGAACACAAAUGCUCGAACAAAAUAAUUGUUUCACUACUGGACGAAAAAAUGGAUUAUCCGGAAGUUACUAAAGAGCAUAUUCCGCGUACGCAGCUCUCUCCAGUUCAUGAAGAAGUAAACAACUACUCUCCCAGUGCAUAUGAGCCCAUGGUUGACAAGUCUGUGACAACUACUUGGCCAAAAGCAGCAAGUUAUGACAACUUUGCCCCUCCUAAAGACAAAGAUUAUUUCCCUUCGCACCAAAAAGCGUGUACGAAAUCCGAGGGACUAAGCAACCACCUCUUCGCCGGAGUGAUGACCUUUGUGAUGGGAGUUGUGACCAUGGUUCGUAUGACUCGUAACAUGCCGAAGAAACUAACGGAUGCUACACUAUACUCUUCUUCAAUGUACGGUGUGGAUGCAAUGUUCAAAGGUCAGUCGCACGGCUAUAAUAAUAAUAUGAACGCAGCUCCUGCAAUCUCGAGUGAGGAUUAUUUUAUCAUGAUGAAACGCAUGAAUGAACUCGAGGAGAAGGUGAGCGUCCUUGCUAAUAAGCCCGCUACUAUGCCGCCCGAGAAAGAGGAGAUGCUUAAUAAUGCCUUGAACCGUGUCGAUAUGUUGGAACAUGAGCUUUUAGCUACCAAAAAGAGACUGGAUGAUGCUUUGGUUCGACAAGAUGAACUCCUUGCCUACAUGGAGAAGAAAAAGAAGAAGAAGAGGUUCUUCGCUUUCUAAAAUUGCAGAAAUGAUAAAAUGACAAAUUUGUAACAAUAUAUAUAUUAUAUAUAUAUAUAGUGUUGUAAUUGUUUGUAAAGAUGGUGUUUCUUUUAACCCCCCAUCUUCAAACACCAUCAAAUAAACCCUUACUUACACAUAUAUUUUGCUGUUUUUUUUUUUUCACUAAACUUUGGAUCUUAUUGUGUAAAUAGCACAUAUGUGAUUUGUUG